AGAAACUCUUGCAACAUGUUCCUUCUUGGGCUGCUGUCCCUGUUCAUUUUGCAAAGUGAGGCCUUCAGCACUAGUUUUCCCGAUGAAACCAUUGCCGAAUUUUCAGUGAACCUUUACAAUCAGCUGAGAGCAACAGGGGAAGACGAAAACAUUAUAUUCUCCCCGCUGGGAAUUGCAAUUGCCAUGGGAAUGGUGGAACUUGGAGCCCAUGGUUCCACCUUGAAAGAAAUUCGACACUCCAUGGGAUACGACGGCUUGAAAAACGGUGAAGAAUUUUCAUUCUUGAAGGACCUUUCUGACAUGGCAACUGCUGAGGACAGCCAGUACGUGAUGAAGCUUGCCAAUUCCCUUUAUGUUCAGGAUGGAUAUCACGUCAGUGACAAAUUUCUGCAGCUGAUGAAAAAGUACUUUAAAGCUGAAGUGGAAAACGUAGACUUCAGUCAAAACCUAGCGGUAGCCAGCCAAAUCAAUAGAUGGGUGGAGAACCAUACUAACAAUAUGAUCAAAGAUUUUGUGUCAGCGAGGGAUUUCAGCGCUCUGACUCAGUUGGCCCUCCUGAAUGCCGUCUAUUUUAAAGGCAACUGGAAAUCUCAGUUCCGGCCGGAAAACACCAGGGCAUUCUCAUUCACAAAAGACGAUGAAAGUGAAGUGCAAAUCCCAAUGAUGUAUCAGCAAGGAGAAUUUUAUUAUGGGGAGUUCAGUGAUGGCUCCAAUGAAGCAGGGGGCAUCUAUCAAGUUCUGGAAAUACCCUACGAGGGGGAUGAGAUCAGUAUGAUGAUUGUUCUUUCCAGGCAGGAAGUCCCAUUAGUCACACUGGAGCCUCUGGUCAAACCCCAGUUGAUUGAGGAAUGGGCCACCUCUGUGAAGAAACAAAAGGUGGAGGUCUAUCUACCAAGGUUCACAAUAGAACAGGAAAUUGAUAUGAAGGAUGUUUUGAAGGGCCUGGGAAUCACAGAAAUAUUCAGUCCAAGUGCUGAUCUCACUGGAAUGUCUGACAACAAAGAACUUUACCUUUCCAAAGCGGUCCACAAGGCUUUCCUAGAAGUUAAUGAAGAAGGUGCUGAAGCGGCUGCUGCUUCAGGAAUGAUAGCCAUUAGUCGGAUGGCAGUUCUGUACCCCCAGGUUAUAGUGGAUCAUCCAUUUUUCUUCGUGGUCAGAAACAGAAGAACAGGCACCAUCAUCUUCAUAGGAAGAGUGAUGCACCCAGAAGCUAUGAAUACAAGUGCCCAUGACUUCGAAGAACUUUAACCUCCACAGGGGCGCACAGAGAUACAAACACAAAGAAAAUAAGCACACUGAGUUUGCAAUCGAUGUAUUUAAGGGUUGCCGUAUUUUUGUUUUUGCAAUGUUACCUUUGAGACACCAUUUAAAAGAAGAAAACGUUCCAUUUAAGGUCAGCUAGAAAUUGCAGGCCGUGGUUGUGGAAGAAAUGCUUUCAGUAUUCAAGUAACUGUUGUUGUCCUUGUGAAUUGUUGUGAUGGUCCUUUAAAUAAAAGCCCUCUCCCG